UUUUACUCAAUACUUAUUAAGUCUUCAACCAAAAAUGGGAGAAAUUAAUGUAACUGAACCCAAAAGCCAAAACCAAGCCAUUGUCCAUGCUCUUUACAAGACACUAGCCAGCGGUGACACUAAACAUGUCUCUGGAAUAUUAGCCACUGACCUGGAGUGGUGGUUUCAUGGCCCUCUAAACUGCCACCACAUGAUGCGCAUGCUGACCGGAGAAGCCCUACCAAACGAGUUCAAGUUCGAACCGCGAAGUAUAACAGCCAUUGGCUACGAGAUAGUGAUUGCUGAGGGCUACGAAGGCGCACAUGUGUAUUGGGUACAUGUGUGGACCCUGAAAGAUGGGCUGAUAACUCGAUUUAGGGAGUAUUUUAACACGUGGUUGACGGUGAAGGAGUUGAAGCCCAAGCCCGUUGGACAGUGGGUGUCGAAGGAGAACUGCUCCACCGUGUGGCAGAGCCAGCCUCGUGAUCUUUUCCGGCGGUCGUUGCCCGGGCUCAUGCUUGCCAUUUGAUGUCACAAAUGGUCACCAUUGUUGUGUAUAAGUACCAUCUACUUCUUGUUCCCUUCUAAUUGAUGUGUCAAGUUCAUGAAGCAAACAUGCAAUUUGCACACGUUUUUUUUUUUUUGUUAAUUGUGUGAAAAGUUUAAAAAGUAUUUUUAAUGUGUACAUUUACCCAAGUUAUAGUAUGGAAGAAUGACGAAAUGUGUGUAA